AUCAAUAAAUAUAAUAUCGUGACUGUCAUCAAUAAACAUAAUAUCGUGACUGACAUCAAUAAAUAUAAUAUUGUGACUGACAUCAAUAAAUAUAAUAUUGUGACUGCCAACAAUAAAUAUAAUAUUGUGACUGACACCAAUAAAUAUAAUAUCGUGACUGUCAUCAAUAAAUAUAAUAUUGUGACUGACAUCAAUAAAUAUAAUAUUGUGACUGACACCAAUAAAUAUAAUAUCUUGACUGACAUCAAUAAAUAUAAUAUUGUGACUGACACCAAUAAAUAG